AUGGAGGGAGAGGAAGCACGUGGAGGCAUCAAUGUGGCUACUGACAAAGAGAAUUCUACGAGCACCAUGAUUGCGGACUCAAGGGAUCAUGUGGCGAAGGGAUCAAAUUAUUUAGAUGUUAUGGUUCUUGAGGUUCAUGGCCAAUUUUUGCAUUGCCAACUUAAUAUGCGGGGGAUUCAAGAUCCGAUUUUCAUUUCGUUUGUUUCUGGGGCUAAUAACGGUAUUAAGCGGAAGAAGUUAUGGUCGGGUCUCCGGAAAUUCAAAGUCGUAUUAGGGUCGAAACCUUGGGUUGUUUUAGGUGAUUUUAAUGUUAUGUUGUUUCCGCAUGAUAGGUAUGGAGGGUCCUCUCGUAGAAAUGUUGAUAUGUCUGAGUUCUAUACUUGUGUGGAGGAUGUAGAGCUGUUUGAUUUACAUUAUACGGGGAUCCAUUUCACAUGGAAUCAAAAACCAAAUGAGGAGGGGGGUAUUAGACGUAAACUGGAUAGGGUGUUGGCUAAUACGGAGUUUACACCAAUGUUCCAUGAUGCCAAUGUCCAUUUCCUUCCUUGUGGUUUAUCGGAUCAUUCUCCGGCGGUGCUAACCUUUAAAGGAGGGACUCGAAAGAAGAUAUGGGGUUUCAAGUUUGACAAUUUUUUGGUGGAGCACCCGUUAUUUUUGCAGAUUGUGAAAAAUGAAUGGUCUAAACAAGUGGAGGGUUCUUUCAUGUUUCGAAUGACUAGUCACUUAAAAGCUCUCAAGACUCCUUUACGAAAGCUUCGGAACUCCUAUGAUACGAUUCAGGUGGCCGUGGACAAUGACCCUUCUAAUGAGGACUUGAGUUUCGAACUAGGCCAUCUUCGGCUAGCCUACCAAAAAGCUUGUUGGGAUGAGGAAUGUGCAGUGAAACAAAGAGCUAAAGUAAAGUGGUUGAAUGAGGGUGAUUCGAAUACCAAAUUCUUUCAUGGUGUGAUCAAAGAAGGGAGACAUGUUAAUUAUAUUCAAUUAGUGUGUACUAGUCACGGUAAUUAUGUGUAUGAGGAGGAUGUCCCUAUGGUGUUUGUGGAGUACUUUAAAGGUUUUCUUGGUUUGAGGGAUGAUUUGGUUGAUCUGAAUAUGCCAGAUGAUCUGUUUUCAAGGAAGCUCUCGUUAUCGGAUGUUAAUCAUACGAUCCAUCCUAUUUCAAAUGAGGAAAUUAGAUCUGCAAUGUUCAGCAUUGGUAAUAAUAAAGCUCCAGGAUCAGAUGGGUACUUUGCCCGGUUCUUCAAGGCUUCGUGGGACAUUAUUGGUCGUGAUGUGGAGGUAGCCAUUCAUAACUUCUUUUAUAGAGGUAACCUUGCUAAAUAG